UUGUGAGCUCUGACUCACGAAAGGGAGCUUUACGAAAUGCACGUAAACGCACCACAUUUGCUUUUGCUUUCAAUGAUUCCCAGUGUUCUGAGACGGAGCAGAAGCGCCAUACUGUAGCGUAAUCUCUGCGGAUCUAGGGAGAAGUUUGUGUCACCAUAACCGUACUUCCCUUCGCUCUGAACGCCCAGCAGUGCCGAAAACCACGAUGCGGUUGUUUCUGUUCUUCGCCUUUAUGAUCUACGCAGGAAAGCGUGCACAUGGCUGUGGAAUUAAGUUCACUCCCCCGAUGGUAUAUUUGGAAUUUGGAGGUUCUACGGUAGCCAACUGCAAUACAUCAUGCAGCAGUGUGGAUGGGAUUGGCUGGGAGUCUUCAUUUGGAGGAACUGGCCUAAAAGAGGGACUCACCACUUUAGAUGUGAACCUUGACAAUGUUGACGACUGGGAAACUGAACCAAAAUGUUAUACUGCGUUCUCUAAUGGUUCACAGGAUAUUCAAAAGCUACCAUUUACUAUUUACAAAAUGCCAGCGAAGGUAUCUAUGCCAAAGCCUCCGAGCCCUCUGAUGGCAGAUGAUAAAUAUCAUCUCUUAAAGUGCUUAGUUUUUGAUGUUGCACCAGUAAACAGACUUAUCAUAUCCUGGUACAAAGGAGAUAAAAUGUUCCAUGAGCAGAAGUUUGAAGGUACCGGUCGACAUCCAGUCAAUAGGUCUGUUGAAGCAACAGUAGACAUUGUUGCAGAGGAUAACAGAAAGAAGAUCUGGUGUGAAGCAAAGCUAGACUUACCAGCAAAACAACGUCCUCAGCCGAUGCGAUCAGAGUUGUAUGAAUUAACAGUUUACUAUCCACCAAUCCUUACUGAGCCUAAAAAUGAGACCCUGGAAAAUGUUACUGGCACAAAAAUAUCUUUGAACUGCACGGCUACAGGAAACCCUACUCCACGUUACGAGUGGCACUUUGCGAACGAUACGCUAAAGUGGACCUGGGACCAAAAUGCGACUGGGCCAAUUUUAACUUUGGAUUUCAGGACUCCAGGAGUCUGGAAAUGUGUAGCCUCUAAUGUUGUGAAUAAAACAACCAAGUAUUUCCACCUCAACAGACCUAAAGAUAAUUAUACCAUCAUGGCAGCCCUGCUGGGAGUAUUUCUGACUCUGGGAAUUGUGAUCAUCAUCCUCGGCGCCGUUUUUGUGACAAGAAGUGGAUCGUGUACUAUCCCAAGAACUAUCUAUUAACCUCCUCCCACCAGUCCAAAAGAAAUCUGACUUUUGCAUAAUUGAAUGUUGGAUGGCUUAACUGUAAGAUUUUGUGCUUGGUGAAACGUUAGUUCAUUUUAGAACUGAGUGCUUUUAUUGGUGGUGCAUGUUCAGGGCCUGUUUGUACGUGCUUGGCUCUGUGCUUUUAGAAAUGCUGAAUUUGUCUUCUGCCUUUGAGAUUUCCAAAUUAUUACCACUGUAGAAACAAACUUCCUUUUCCGGUUGCACUAAGGGUUUAACUGUGUUUCUUAACCUUAAUAAAGCUCCACAUUCACAAGCUUA